UAUUAUUUAAACCACUAUUUGUGUGAAAAUUGGCAAACAUUUAUUUGAUUAAACUAUUUUUGUCUAAAAAAGCUGAUUUGUUUAUUUUGUUUUGCUUUUGUUAUUGUUUGUCAGCCUUACAUCGCAAGCAAGGACAGAUAUUGUGCUAAAGAUGCUGGAUUGUCGCAGCGGUGGAUUUUACAAUGACGAUGUGUUGAUAUUUUCGUAGUGAUGUGGUGUUGUAAAAGGCAUAACAAUGUGAAACCGUGUGGAACUAUUAAUUCUCUCGUUAUUACCACUCCGAAGAAUUAAUAAAUUGUUUUAGUUUAUUGAUCGCCAUUGAUUUAUCACCAUCAACAGUGUUUUUCUUUGUUUAUCAUCUUUUUAUGAAAAAUUUAUUUAUUUUUAUGAAUAUAUUGUUGUGUAUAAUUAAGUAAAAUGGAAAUUGUAGGUGACUAUGAGUACAGUAACAAAGAUUUGAUUGGGCAUGGAGCAUUUGCAGUGGUUUUUAAAGGAAGACAUAGGAAGAACCCAAGUUACGUGGUAGCAAUAAAAAGCAUCACAAAGAAAAAUUUAGCAAAGUCACAAAAUUUGCUUGGAAAAGAGAUCAAAAUCCUGAAGGAGCUCACAGAACUGCAUCAUGAGAAUGUGGUGGCCCUUCUGGACUGCAAGGAAACAUCUCACAAUGUCUUCUUGGUCAUGGAGUUUUGCAAUGGAGGUGACCUGGCGGACUACCUGGGAGUGAAGGGGACGCUCAGCGAGGACACCAUCCGUCUGUUCCUGGUGCAGCUGGCGGGGGCCAUGAGAGCGCUGCAUGCCAAGGGCAUCGUGCACCGUGACCUGAAGCCACAGAACAUCCUGCUGAGCCACAGUGGGGGCAAGGCGUGCCCGCAGCCCCAUGAGAUACGCCUCAAGAUUGCGGAUUUUGGGUUCGCAAGGUUUCUGCAGGAUGGGGUGAUGGCAGCUACGCUUUGUGGCUCUCCUAUGUACAUGGCCCCCGAGGUGAUAAUGUCGCUGCAGUACGACGCAAAGGCAGACCUGUGGAGCCUGGGCACCAUCGUGUUCCAGUGCCUGACCGGCAAGGCCCCCUUCCAGGCCCAGACCCCACAGGCCCUCAAGCAGUUCUACGAGAAGAACUCCAACCUUGCCCCCAAGAUCCCAGCCGGGACGUCGCCGGAGCUGACGGACUUGCUGAACGGCCUGUUGAGGCGCAACGCUCGAGACCGCCUGCCCUUCGACAGCUUCUUCAACCACCCAUUCCUGCAGCGUCGUCAGGAGGUGGCACCCUCGCCACCGCCCCAUCCCACUUCAGUUGAGCUGGCGUCUUCGCCUGGCACCUUGUUUCUGCCCCCGGCGGCCAGCCCCGUGCCGCCCCACUUGGAGUGCAACCCAUCCGAGCCUGGGUCUCCGGUGUCGUGCCGCGGAGAGGCAGACAGCAGCUCCAGCCCAGAGGAGACGGACGACUUUGUGCUAGUGCCUGCCAACAUCCCCUCCGACCACUCCAGUGACAGCGGACACGCAGACAACAGGCACAGGGUGAGCAGAGCCCAUGUGGCGCUGGCCAGCCCCCCUCGCCCCAGUUCCCUGCCCAUCUCGGAGCCAAUACCCGUGCCCACGCAGAAGGAGGCGUACCAGCAGCUGGUGCCCUCCCCGUCUCCCACCAGGAUGGCAAUACCUCGCUCCCAGCCAAUAAACAUGAAACGGAUCAGCGAUAGGACAGCCCCGCCAGACAUCAGCUCAUUGUCUCCACCUUCAGUGCAGUUCAUGCUGGGAACAACGCCCCCCAGCAUUGGCCAGCGCAGGCGUUCUGCCUCGGGCAGUUCCUGCGAGACUCCGCCCCCAGUCACCACCUGGCAGGUGUCCCCCGUGUCCGCUGGCAAGAUAACCCCCUCCCCUUCCCCUUUACGACACUCAGGCACCAGCUCACCACUGCUCUCGGGGCCACUAGCCAUGUUGCCGCCGAUACUCGGCUCCCCAACGCGGGCAUCUGCAGAGAACAACAACCUGCAGUGUUCACCGGUUCUGGCAUUCGGGACUCGUGCUAUGACCCUACCAGAGAUCUCAGUGGGCUGCGGGUUUCAACGGUUGUUCAGUGACCCACCCACCCAGCCCAUGGACGAGCCGAUCAUGUUCCUACCUCCAGAGCUGCCGGAGGAGACGUUACUCGAGCGGGAGCACAACGAGACGCUGGCGAAACUGAACUUUGCCCUGGCGCUGGCGGACUGCGUGCUGGAUGCGGCGGACGCCCGGGCAGCCCCCCUGGCUGCGCUCACCGACAGCACGGCCGGGAUCGCGGGGCGCCAGUCAGAGGGUGGCCGGCGCGCAGAGCAGCUGGUGCUGCUGGUGCGGGCCCUGCAGCUCCUCAGCUCCGCCCUGGGGCUCGCCUCGCAGCAGCUGCGGGCCGCCAAGCUGCGGCCGUCCGCCUCCGUCAAGUCCGUGGUGGCGCAGCUGAACAGCAAGUUCCGGCAGUGCCUGGCCGAGUGCAAGCAGCUCAACACCCCUGGGCUGCUGCAGAAGGCAGGGGUUGAUCCCAGUACCACUAACAUCACAGCAGACCGGCUGCUCUACAACCAUGCCAUCCAUAUUUGCCAGACUGCGGCCCUGGACGAGCUGUUCGACAAGCCCAAGGACUGCUUCCAGAGGUACUCCAUGGCACAGCUGAUCCUGCACAGCCUCGCGCAGACCGUGCACCAUCCCCAGGACCGCGACCUGCUCAUCAAGUACAAAGACGCCGUGGAGAAGCGCUUGUUCGUGCUGGAAGAGAAGGGGCACAUCUACUCCACUUGACCUGCCCUCAGCUGGUCUCCAGGCAAGUCCUCCAGCCGUCUCUCCUGAGCCGUGCCCCACGCUGCUCCACAUAUCACUGCGGCAUCUCCUCGCGUCACUUGUCUUUCCCGUAGACCUUCUGUGUUAGCGUCACUAGCGUACUGUGUAGAUGGGCCGGUGAGCCUCGCUGCGGGGUGUGGCAGCCGAUUGCAGCCUUGGGGGAAAAUGGGGAAUGGAUUGAAAUUUAUUUUCGUCUGCAACCAUUCACCUUUUAGAUAUGAACUUUACUUUCGGGUCUUGCUAAGUUUGGUGAACAUUUUUUAGAAUUGCAUUUUUGUGACUCAAGUAGAAUCAAGGUUUGUUCUGUGAGUAAUAUUGGGUAUGAAAUUGUUGAGGAGUAUGGACAACUGUUAAUGAACUAGGACACAAUAUUUUCCUUCCGUGUAAGUUUUUGAAUUGGUUAUGCAAAUCCAAAUUUUUUUUUUGAGCUGUUACUGCAUCUAAAUAUGUAGAGAAUAAGAUAGUUAGUGGUUCAUUCAGUUUAUUUAAAGUUUUCAUUUAUCAUGUUGCACAUUCGUUUCAUCUUAUUUACCUACUUUAUAGGAAAUGUAUUUUUGAGAAAAUGAAAUAAUGGUAAGUUCAGAUUUAUAAACCAAUACAGUUGUUUAGAUGUGUUUGCUUACAAAAAUGGUCACAGAGGAAAUGUUUUAGCAGUGUAAAAUAAACAAUCAUUGUGUUUUAGGGGUUAUAGGUAAGGCCUGUACUAUUUGGCAUGGAAGGCACUUCCACACCAUGAUGUUAUUUUUAAUUUUAUGAUGUAUUGUUCACCAGGUGGAGGCUUCAAAUAAUUUAUAAAAAAAUAUUAUUUGAAUACUCAUGA